GGACAUGAUCAUCGGUGAGCGAGUCUGAAUUGCAAUUUGGACUACACGGUCAUGUUUGGAAUGAGCGACGGCGACCUGCGUAUGGUAUGCCAUGGGGGCUAGUCUGUGAUUCCCCUUAUCCACCACCUCCAUCAUCCACCAUGGCUUUACGUAGCUCCCCUUUUCAGAAGAACAAAUCAGCGCUCGUUCCUGAGGCUGCGUCUCGCUUAAGUGGAGUUACAAAGCAAGACUUAAGCGACCAACCCGUGCACGAAUAUGAUGAACAUAAAGCUGAAAGACGCCGAAGCAAGCCAAAUACAUCUCCGGAGUUGUCUGUUAGCGGUGGGGCACUCUCCAAAACUGAUGAAUAUUCAUCCCUGCCAUCACGGAGGGUCAAGGGCUCUUUAGCUGACACAUUCAUGCGCAUGCCCGAGAACCCGUUCGCCGACGCUGCGCCUUCGGGGGACACCCCUAGUUCUGCUACGCGAGAAGAUCCGAUGCACGAUAUCACGACAUACUCGCAUGUUGUCACUGCAGAACAUAAGCCCAGAGUCGCCCGCGUGUCGGGUAUCAACGGAGCAUGGCCAGAAAGAGCUGAGAUAGUGAAUCCAAGUCGAGGUUUUCCCGGGCCUACCAUUCGUCGCGGUACAUUUUCACAGGCAAAGGAUUUCUUUCUGAAGUCAAGUGCCAGCGGGAGUUAUUUGCAGGGUGCUAUCUCGCAGCGAACGCGAAGCCAAGACAACCCUAUCAAAGACAAGGACUCAAUAGACUGCCUUAAAGUUGACAUACCUCGUGCUCGAAGUCUGAACGGAGGGAUUAUGUACGACCCAAACAGUCGGUAACUCCUGUACGUGGUUUGAACUUCAGCAGAGUCAGCAGACU